GCCCGGCUGUCAUGUCACGGGAGCACUGCUGAGGCGUGCAGCUACAGCUCCUCAAGAGAGGAAUUAAACCUACGGAGGCCCGAGAACCAAAUCAUAGGAACUCAUAGGUGUAGCUAAAAAUGGUUGUUGAGAGUGAGAUGGAGUCCAAUGUAACGGAGCCGGAGAGCUUCUGGCGUACCUUCCAGGAGAUGGACUCCUGGGCCACCACUGUCAUCUUGCUGCCCUGUGUUGUCGUGCUGACUGCUGGAUUUUUCUACGUCUACGGUGCGAUUGUCGGCCUGCUGUCCAAAACAUCAGUGCGCAAUAAGGUGGUGGUUAUAACGGAUGCACUGUCAGGGCUUGGAAAAGAAUGUGCAGGUGUGUUUCACAAAGGCGGAGCAAGGCUCAUCCUCUGCGGGAAAAGCUGGGAGAAACUUGAGGAACUUGCGGAUGAUUUGGCAAAUUCCUCUGAUCCCACAGUCACAUUUCCUCCGAAGCUAGUCCUGCUGGACUUUGCAGACAUGGAGAGCAUGCCUGAGGCAAUCGCAGAGAUCCUGGAGUGUUACGGCUGCCUGGAUAUUCUCAUCUUCAACAGCAGCAUGAAGGUUAAAGCACCAGCACAGAGUCUGUCUCUGGAGAUGGACAAGCUGCUGAUGGACAAUAACUACUUUGGGCCCGUCACACUGGCUAAAGGUGUGCUGCCCUCCAUGAUCUCCAGGAGAAGUGGUCACCUGCUCCUCGUUAACAGCAUCCAAGGGAAGCUGGCCGUGCCUUUUCGCUCUACUUAUGCAGCCUCGAAACAUGCAGUCCAGGCCUUCUUUGACUGCCUGAGAGCCGAAGUAGAAGAGUACGGCAUCUCAGUCAGCACCAUCAACCACACCUUCAUCAGCCGCUCUGAGGCAACAGAGGCAGCGUCCUCCAAGUCCACCUGGUCACUGCUGUACACUAGGAAGCCCCUCGGCGUCUCUCCAGAUGAGGCAGCUACAGAGAUUGUGAAGACUUUAAAUAACAAAAGGAGGGAGGUGGUAAUUGCUCCCUCGCUCCCGAAGGUGGCCAUUUACGCCAGGUCCUUCUUCCCCAACGUGUUCUUCUCUGUGAUGGCUGCGGGAGUGAACAACGCCGCCGCCGCUGCUGAGAGGACCUAAACAUGCUGUGAUAUCAGGAUAUCUGUGAUAACAAGUUUUCACUUAUUAUCCAUUGGUGAUUUAUGGUGUUGAACACAUCAUAAAUCGGUAAAAAAAUAUAUAUGAGGGCUGGAAUGAUCGGGGCGAUUAAUAUGCUAACAUGUACAUGAAUUAUCACCAAUUUAUCUGCCAAAAAUAUUUCACGUCAAUUCGUCAACCCUCUCACCUUAGAUUGGGAGUACAUGUGUGUGCUUGUGGCUCGACAAGUGAAUGUGUUCUUAUUUUACCAAAGUAAUUUUGAAAAUACAUUUUUUUGCAGGUUUAAUCACCAACGAUCAUAGUUUUACUAUUUAUUCUAGCGAUAUGUGGACUUAUGGGUCAGUAACCUCAACACAGAAUGAUCUACACAUCUUUAUUUUAAGAAAUGUGCUUUAUAAAUCAAAUUAUUAUUCAUGUUAUAAGUUUAACUAAAUGACUGUUACUAUUUAGAUACUUUUAAUUAAAGAGUUGGCCCAUGCACAAUAGAAAUACUUAACUAGAAAGAGUCAUACAAGUUAUUAUUUCAAGUUUAAUAACGGAUAUACUGUAUUAAGCUAUUAAGGCCAAACAUGUUGUAAUUUAAUUCUUCAUGUAAUGAAUAAAACAUACAAAAAGAC